AUGCAGUUCUCGGCCACCACCCUCCUCCUCCUCGCCACCGCCGCCUCGGCCGCGAGCAUCUCCCGGCGCACCGACGGCGGGGACGACUACACCACGACGGCGACGCUGACGCCGUUCCUCGCGCCGGCCUGCGAGGUGAGCAACCUGUUGCUGAAGCCGCUGUGCAACUUUGCGCCGAUCGGGCUGGCCGAGGGCAGCUGCGUCGACGUGACCCAGCCCUGCCCCGUGCACCCGCCCACCUCCUUCAAGGCCCGGCUCGACCAGGCCGCGACGGGCUGCUACGUCACCGUGUUUCCCAACUUUGGCUGCACGGGCGACCAGGUCGCCACCGCGGACCUGACCACGAACAAUAACAUGUGCACCGAGUCGCCGUACCUCGCAAAGCUGCUCAACGGAGGGUUCCUGUCGAGCGCCAGCCUGCUGCCCUUUGGGUUCAAGAGUGCCAAGUUGGUCUGUAACUGA